CUCACAGAGGGUGGUUGGCGGUGGUACUUUAAGCAGACGACGAAAAUCAUACAAGUGUCUACAAAAGCUAAAAAUAAAAACUGUUUUAAGUGAAAUGUUUCAAGAAAAUAUUUAAACGAAGUAAAAAAAUAUAAAAUAUAUGAAAAUAUAAAUAAAAUGAGAACAAUAUGAAAAUCAUAUGGUGUUUAUUUUGGUUAAUAAUUGCAAAUUGUUUGGGAAAUUCCCAACAAUAUUCACAAGUGAAUAUAGGUGCUUUAUUUUUUGAAGAUGAAUUGGAUAUACAGAAUACAUUUGAGGCCACUGUUGAACGUAUUAACAGUGAAAAUGAGGGGAUUUUUAAACUUAUGCCUAUAAUAAAAAAAUUAAGUCCAGCUGAUGGCAGCAUAAUUUUGGAAAGAGAAGCUUGUGAUUUAAUAGAUAAUGGUGUCGCUGCUAUUUUUGGACCAAGUUCAAAGGCAGACAGUGACAUUGUUUCUCUCAUUUGCAAUAGCACCGGCAUACCACACAUUAUAUUUGAUGCUCUUAGCGAAGAGCAACAACUGCAAAAACAAAAUCAUCAAUUAACGCUAAACGUUUAUCCCGCUCAAUUGAUCUUAUCGAAAGCUUAUGCAGAUAUAGUGCAGAACUUUGGUUGGAGAAAGUAUACUGUGGUCUACGAUGAGGAGGAUGUUAGUGCACCCACUCGCCUACAAGAUCUCUUGCAGUUAAGAGAUCUCCACAAUGAUAUUGUACGUGUGCGUAAAUUUAAGCGCAAUGAAGAUUAUCGCAUUAUGUGGAAGAGUAUUAAGGGUGAGAGGCGUAUUAUUUUGGAUUGUGCUCCUGAUAUUCUGGUGGAUGUGUUAAAUGCUUCCAUACCUUUUAAUUUGACUGGGCCAUAUAAUAAUUUGUUUUUAACAAAUUUAGAAACUCAUAGCGGAAAUUUGGUGGAUUUAAAAGAUAAUGUCACUUUUGCAGUUAAUCUUACGGCAGCUCGUUUGGGAAUGAAUGGAAAUAUUUAUGAACUCGAGGACUGGGAGCGAGCUUUAUUAUAUCAAAGUGAUAAUAUUAACAACAGCGUUCCCAUAAGAACUUUAUUACCUGAUCUCAUUUAUGAUGCUGUAACGUUGUACGGUUUAGCUCUCCGAAAUAUAAGUACAAUGUAUCAAAUUAAUCCUCCAAGAGUAAGAUGUGAAUACGAUGACUACAGCAGAGGACAAUCUUGGACUAUGGGACGUUAUAUCAACAGAGUAAUGAAAAUGAUUGCACCCUUAAACGAUGAGCAUUUCCGCUCCAGCCUUAUGCAAUUUGAUGAGGAUGGACAGCGAAUUAAUUUUAACAUAGAAAUCUAUGAACCAUUAGAUAAUUAUGGUGUGGCAUUUUGGGAUACCAAGGGUCAAAUUACGCCACAACAUGUAAUGGCUAAAGUGGCCAAAAAGAUUAUAUAUCAGGUGGCUACACGUAUAGGAGAACCAUAUUUUAUGGAGAAUCAAACUGCCGUAGAGGCAAAUAUAACAGGCAAUGCUCGUUAUAUGGGCUAUGCUGUGGACUUGAUUGGUGCUCUAGCAAAGGAGAAUAGCUUCGAGUAUGUGUUUGUACCGGUGGCCGAUAAUGCGUAUGGAAAAUAUGACAAGGAAACCAAACAGUGGAAUGGAAUUAUAGGAGAACUGAUCAAUAAUGAUGCUCAUAUGGGUAUCUGUGAUUUAACUAUUACUCAGGCUCGCAAAACAGUAGUGGAUUUUACCGUACCCUUUAUGCAAUUGGGCAUUAGUAUAUUGACCUACCAAAAACCGGUAGAACAAAAGGAAUGGAGUGCUUUCUUGGAACCGUUUACAAAAGACGUAUGGAUCUAUGUCAUGAUUUCGGUAUUCAUUAUAGCAUUUUUGUUUAUAUUUAUGGCACGCAUUUCCAAAGAUGAAUGGGAAAAUCCUCAUCCUUGUAACCAAGAUCCCGAUGCUUUGGAAAAUAAAUGGAACAUAUUGAAUAGUUUUUGGUUAACAAUUGGCUCUAUAAUGACAGCUGGUAGUGAUAUUUUACCACGUAGUGCACCCAUGCGUACAUUCAAUGCCAUGUGGUGGAUUUUUGCUGUCAUUAUCACCAAUUCGUAUACGGCCAAUUUGGCUGCUUUUUUGACCAACAGUAAAAUGGAAAGUUCCAUAACGGGUAUAGAAGAUUUGGCUGGACAAACUGCUAUUAAGUUUGGCACGGUUGAGGGCGGCAGUACUUACACUUUAUUUUCGGAAUCUAAUGAAACCACUUAUCGCUUGGCCUACAAUAUGAUGCAACACUAUGAUCCCUCGGCCUAUACUAAAGAUAACAUAGAGGGUGUGGAAAGAGUAUUGAAAAAUAAUGGCUCCUACAUGUUUUUAAUGGAAACUACCAGUCUGGAAUAUAAUACAGAACGUAAUUGUAAAUUGAAAAUGUUGGGAGAGAAAUUUGGCGAAAAACAUUACGCCAUAGCGGUACCCUUUGGUGCUGAAUAUCGUUCCAAUUUGAGUGUGGCCAUACUUAGGCUGGGCGAACGCGGCGAACUAUUUAAAUUGAAAAAUAAAUGGUGGAAGAAUCACAACAACACAUGCGAUGCAGAAGUCAAAGAUGAUUCGGAAACACCUGACAUGACAUUUUCCGAAGUACGUGGCAUAUUCUAUACACUGUGUGUAGGUGUUUUCAUUGCCUAUGUAGCGGGUAUUGUAGAGUUCUUACUCUAUACUCACAAAGUUGCUAUGGAAGAUAAAAUGAGUUUUAAGGAAGCUUUCAUCAAAGAAAUCAAGUUCGUCUUGUGCGUCUGGAACAAUAAGAAACCAAUUAAUGUGACUCCCACAAACAGUACACGAUCUUCGUCCCGUAUGUCUGGCAAUACUAUAAAAUCGGGUAAAUCAGGCAAAUCAUCAAAGUCUCUUAAAUCGAACUCAAGAAAAAAUUCACCACCUGCCGAGAUGUUGGAGCGUAAAAGUAUGAAAAGUUUAAAGAGUGCAAUUGUCAAUCUGGUGGAGGCUAAAAUGUGAAAAACAAAUUAUGGUAUAUAUUUAUUUGUAAUUUUAAAAUCAAUUUAUUUGAAGAAGU